AUGAAAUGAUAUUUGCAUCUCAUCGUUGGUUCAGAGCUUUAUCAACCUGCUGCAGACGAACUUUACACACCUCUGAGUCCUGCUGCCUUCAGGAGCGAUGUGUUUGACGCUUCGCGGAUGUCUCCCCUGCAGAUCCUGCAGAGAAAAAGACUUGCCAGCGCCUUCCUCAAACUCUCAAAGGAUGCGGACCCGGUCGGACUCCAGCGAGCCAGACGGCACCAGACCCAACUUUCUCCCCGGACUCACCGCGAGAGCGUCGGGAGGAAACUGGUUUCGGGGAAAACUCCCGAGGUUAUUCAGAAGCCCCAGAGGUCAGGACACUGUCAACAUCACCUCCACGACCGAUGGACACCACUCACCCAAAGAUGAGGAGCCUCAGAACGUCAUCCUCACAUUUGAGGAAAACCUUGGUCUACACAAGUACAGCGAGGCCAGCCAGCUGCUGAUACAGAGAGAGGAGUCUUUAUUUGGGGAGAUAACUGAGUUAGAUUCACUUGCACGUCAUGAGGAAGAAGUAAACGACCUCGCUGAAGACUACGGAAUCCUUAAACGCAACAUCCUGCAGACUCUGCUGCAGAGUCUUAAAGCAGAUGCCAACACAGAGGCUCUGACGUCUGCGGUGAAGGCCAUCUACCAGGAGGACAAGCAGGACGGGCUGUGGAGGCAGACGGAUCGGACGCGCCCGGGCUGGAGGCCCAACAGCUGGAGGGAGCUGCACGACGCAACUCUCCACAACCUGGUAAAUGAGCGUAUGGAUUACCCCUCGACACCCUCUGCUAACCAGGAAGGGCAGUCGUCUGUCGAGGCACACAUCCACAGCAUGGGCAGGCAGCUGAAGGACGACUUACUGAUGGUGGUGGAGGUGGUGAGGAACUGCUACCCACCAGAGACGGACAUCUGUAACGUUUACGCCAGGCUGUACCACCAAACCUUCAGCGCCAGACUCAGGAAGGUCGCAGACUUUGGUCUGGAGGACAAGGACUGUCAAUUCCUCCUGCGCUGGGUGAACGAGUAUUAUCCAGGACUCCUUCAAAAGCCGGCGCUGGCCAGUGAGAUCAAUGCUGAAGCUCUGGGAAAGCUGCUGCCUCCAGAGUUACUGGAGCCUCUGGAGGAACAGUACCUCAGCAAACAACAGCAUGAGCUGAUGACUUACAUCAGGCGUGUCCUGGAGGAAGCAAAGGAAAUGUGGAAUAACGGACAGGAGCCGAUGAGAGAGGACGGCUGCUACGUCAGUCCUGUGGCCUACGACAUCAUUCAGCUUGUCAAUGGUAUGGUGACUUCAGCUAAAACAGUGUUGGGAGACCUGCACAAAGCCCAGAGCAUAACGAGCAAACUGAAUGGUUUAAUGCAGAGCUUCAAGACCUUCCAGGACGAGGUCAUGAGGCAAAACAAACCCAACAGCAAAGCGUUCACCAAGGCGAACCUCGGCAACAUCGAACAGUUCAGGGACACCCUCACGAAAAACGGCGAUCUGUUCCUGGAGGAUGUGCGGAAAGACUGUUUGUCUGUUCUGACUGACAUGAAAGAAUCUGCCCACAUGUAUUUAUUAAGCCCUGUGCACGAGGUCCUCAAGCCACAGUACCGCAAACUGGGAACCAGUGACUGGUUGAACAAGCCUCUGUUUGAGAAGCUGCUGGUCAGCAUUCAGGCAGAGAUUCAAGAACUUCAGGGCUCAAAAGAAUCCUGUCACCAGGAGCUGAUGAGCAAGUUUCAUCAGGAAGUGACAGUGGAAUAUGUGAAGAGGCUCCUGAGAGGAGAGGUGAAGCUGAAGGACAAGGAACGACAGGAUAAGGCCUACGUGACCGUGAAGAACGACGCAGAGCGUCUGCACAGCUUAUUCAUCAAAAUGGGUUCAAAGGAGGAUUGGCUGAAGGAAAUCCUGAUCAAGAUUGCAGAAGUGCUGAAACUCCAAGAGCUCCCCGCCAUACAGAUGCAAGUAGCGUCACUGGGAAGCGCUUUUCCUGACCUCAGUGAAAAACACGUUUCGGCUCUGCUCAAGCUCAAGACAAACUUCUCCAGAGCCGACAGGAAAACGGUCAAAGCGACUCUGACAGACACUUUAACAGUAGCCGGUGAGACUAGCGCUCCGCCGUUUUUCUCCAAAGUUCAGGUCAGAUGAGCGGUUUGCCACGAGGAUGCACUAUUGUGUCUGUGUGUUAGAUUUGUGUGCAAGUAUGAUGAGGUGUUUUGCAGAGUACUGUGUGCAGACUGAUUGUAAAAUGAUGAGUGUUGCUGUAUCAAUGUAUAAGCUACAGUUAUUCGUCUUAGUAAAUAUGGUGCUUUUCACUGCUAAGAAAAGAACAGGGUCAGUAUUAUGUAUAUAUUUUUUUUUACAUCAAAUCAGUGUCACAGUUUGUCCUGUAUUUCUUAUCAUACAUGUGCAAUAGAGGGAGACAGCAAAUGUAAUAUUUUUACAUGUUUUGUGUCACUUCAUCUGAUGUAUAGAUUGUUAUGUAAGUGUUAAAUGUAAGUUAAAUUUAUAAAUAAACUUGGUAAAACCUCA